AUGGUUUACGAUAUCGUGGGUGACGACCCGACCCUUGCUGCGACCCUCAUCGUCAGGCGCACUGGAAUUCCACGGACGUACGGGUCCACUGCCUCAACGACAAGCAACGGAAGAAUCGCGCGGAGUGCUGUGAGCGUCUCCUGCCGAAAGUCGACGAAGUCAUCACGCUCUACCAGCCAGCGUGGUCUGAUGGUUUGGACGGGUGCCUCAUGGAAUGGAAAGACGGAGCUACUGUUCGUGGAGCCUGGGUUGAAGAUAAAUGCCGACUACUAUAUCAGGCAGCUCAGAGACGACAUUUUGCCGUCAUGCAGCAGUCUGUAUCGUGAUGGAAGAUUUGUGCUGCAGCAAGACCGGGCACCGGCACAUGCAGCUCGGAAAACUCUCGCCUUUUUGGAUUCGGUGGGAGUUGAAUACCUCAAGAAAACAGAAUAUCCAAGUGCAUUACCUGACCUCAACCCACUCGACUACAGGGUGUGGGCAGAACUCAACAGGACUGUCUACGAAGGCAGAGAA